AUGUCUUCUCAGACCACCUCGGAGCCCCUCCAGACUUAUGAGGUCUCGGAUUUCACCUUCCACAAUGCUUCCACACUACCCAAGCUCAAACUAGCCUACAAGAUCCUCAAUCCACACAACUCCAAGAUUGCAGUCGUCCACACCUGUUUCAAGGGCCGCCUCAACACCACCCCAACAUACGCAGACGGCGCCUUGAAGAACCACAAGAUUAUCCUCAUCGCCCUCCUUGGCAAUGGCGAAUCCUCCAGUCCUUCAAACACUCCAAACUUUCCCUCCCAAAUUGAAUACAUGGACUGCAUCAAUGCUCAAUAUCCUCUCCUGACUGAGGAGCUCGGUAUCAAAGACGUCGAUGUAAUGUUGGGGUUCUCCAUGGGCGGCCAAAUCACCUACCAUUGGCUAGUUUCACAUCCCGACUUUAUCAAGCAUGCAGUCAUCAUCUGCUCCUCAGCCAAGACAAGCAGACACAACUACCAAUUUCUCGAAGGCCCAAAGGCGGCGUUGGAACAUGCUGCAAGUCCGGCAAGAGGCAUCAGAGCCUUUGGUAAAGCCUACUCGGCUUGGUUAACGAGUGCAGAAUGGUUCGACAAGGAAUGCUACAAGGAAAUGGGCUUCCAGCAACUGCGCGACUGGGAUGAUGUCACCACUAUCCAGGGCUACGAAGGCUGGGCCGCCGACGAUCUGCUGGCCAUGUUAGGCAUGUGGCAACGGGGUGAUGUUGCUCGCUGCACCAAAGAUGGGGAUCUCGAGGCGGCACUAAAGAGCAUCAAAGCAAAAGUCCUCCUUAUGCCAUGCGAAAUGGAUCAGUAUUUCAGGCCAUAUGUAAGCCACAGGGAGGUCGAGAGCCUGCAAAACGGUCUUGUCGAGGUCAUUCCCAGCAUCUGGGGUCAUAUUGCGGGUGGUGGAGCCAAUAAAAAGGAUACUGAGUGGAUGGAUCACAGGAUGAAACUCUUCUUGCGUGGUCUAGCGUAG